AUGAGAAACCACACAGCAAUAACCACCUUCAUCCUCCUGGGACUGACAGAUGACCCACAGCUGCAGAUUCUGAUUUUCAUACUUUUAUUAAUCGCCUACCUGUUGAGCAUCAUUGGAAACGUGACCAUCAUCAUCCUUGUGUUUGUGGAUAACCACCUUAACACAGCCAUGUACUAUUUUCUCCAAAAUUUUUCCUUCUUAGAAAUUUCAUUCACUUCUGCCUGCAUUCCUAAAUUCUUGUACAGUCUAUCAACGGGAGAUAGGACCAUUACCUAUAGUGAUUGUCUAAGUCAAUUAUAUUUUGCAUAUGUGUUUGUAGUAACAGAAUUUUUUCUCCUGACCACGAUGUCCUAUGACCGGUACGUGGCCAUCUGCAAACCCCUGCACUAUGUGACCAUCAUGAACCGCAGGGUCUGCCAAAGGCUUGUCAUAGGUUGUUGGAUGGUGACUCUGUUGUUGAUAGUCCCACUGUUUAUUUUGAUCCUGGGCCUCAAAUUCUGCAAUGCUAAUACCAUUGACCACUUUGUCUGUGAUGCGAAUCCACUGAUAAAGAUCGCAUGCUCAGAUACUUGGCUUGUAGAGCAGAUGGUUGUUGUCUGCUCAGUGCUGAUCUUCAUCCUGACUCUAGUGUGUGUGGUUUUGUCCUACGUUUAUAUCGUCAGAACAAUCCUGAGGUUCCCAUCAGCCCAGCAAAGGACGAAGGCGUUUUCUACCUGCUCUUCCCACAUGAUUGUGCUUUCUAUCUCCUACGGCAGCUGCAUCUUUGUCUACAUCAAACCCUCAGCAAAAGAUGACAUGACCAUGAAUAAGGGGAUCACACUGUUAAAUACUUCCAUCUCCCCCAUGUUGAACCCAUUUAUUUAUACUCUGAGGAACAAACAAGUGAUACAAGCCUUUAAUGACUUAGUCAAAAAAUUGCACUCCUCUCAAGGAAUUAGGGUAAUGACAUAG